CUUGGCAGGACAGCGUUGCACAGGGCAGCCCAAGCUGGCAACGAGGCGUGCGUGCGCGCGCUGCUGGCUGCUGGUGCCAGCCUGGAGGCGUUCGACUGGUGGGAUCACACGCCACUAGCCUUCGCGUCAGCCGAGGGCCACGCAGAUUGUGUGGCUGUGCUGCUGGAGCACGGCGCAAGAGCGACCCACCCUUGCCUGCACCUGGCAGCCACGAGCGCAGCAGGGGAGGGCAGCCUCGCCACCAUUCGCCACCUGGUGAAGGCGGGGGCAGACGUCAGUGCCAAAGAUGAGAACAGGCGCACGGCACGUCAGCUUGCCCUGGCAAAUGACAGGACAGAGGCGGCAGAGCUGCUC